UUCAUUUCGAUUUCAAUCAAUUUUUUUGUGUUACAUUCUCUCAGUUUUAAUUCUAGUCAUGAAAUCUGAAGAUGAUCAACAAAGCAAUAAUCAUGGUACAAAUUCCAUUUAUAAAGCCAAUAAAUUGACAAGAAAACGUGUGAUGAGACGAAAGAAUGCCGUAAGACGUAUACAAAUUCAUGAUGAAUUUGCCAUUGUCAAUAAUUUCAAUGCUCAUAAUUAUUCGAAUGAAGAAAAUUUUGCCACUUCAAAUAUUGGUUUACCUAAAAAUGAUUUGUAUUCAAUUAGUUCUAGUCAUAAUAAUCAAAACGUCACCAAUUGUCAAUCAUUGAUGUUAAAUGCCAAUAAUAAUUUAAUCAAUCAAAUUGCACAAAAUGCAAAUAAUCCACAAUCAUUUGUUGAUCGUUUAUUAUUCGACGAAGAAUUCAAACAACAACAAUAUGGUACUGUGAAAAAUAUACCGAAAACAAUUUCAAUGGGAUUAAAUGUUGUGUUGGAUAUAAUCAAAGAUACAUAUGAACAAAAUCCUAAAAUAUGUAUACGAUCAUUAGAAUCACUUUAUAAUCUAUUACAAGGAUUGAAACCGGAAAGUCUUAAAAAUGAACCACCAUCAAUGAUUGAAAGAUAUUUUCAUCUAAUUGAAUCAAUGAUAACGAUGUCUUAUUCAUCAAUUGGCCGUUCAUUGACAAAUUCCAUACGUUUGAAUGAAAAUUAUCAUUCACAAAUUCUUGAACUUUCAUUAUUAUCAUUGAUAACAUUAUCAAUAGCCAGUGGUGAUACUGGGAAAAUAUUGAAUUGUAUUAAAAUUCUUUUAAUCGAAUGUAAUACUAUUCAGUCUCAUCAUCAUUAUCAUCAACAACAAUCAACAUCGACAACAACAACAACAACAACGGCAACAUCACAAUCUGGAUUUGAAAUUGAAAUACCGGAAAUAAUGAUUUUAUUGAAUAAACAUACAUGUUCAUAUUUAUUGGGUAAACAUAUCGUACCAGAAUGGUCUCAUUAUGGAUUUCCAAUACAAUCAUUAUGUGAAACAUUCCAUAUUAAUUAUGUUUAUCAUCAUCAUCAUCAUCAUCAUCAUAAUCAUUCUCAUCAUCAAAGAAAUUCAAUUAAUAAACAUAAUACAAAUAAAUGUUCCAAAACAUCAUUAACAUUUGAUGGACAACAUCUUUUCCUAUAUCGUUGUAAUCAUAUAUUUAUUAUCGGUUCUGGUUAUAAUUUUACAACUCAGGGACAAGAAAUAUAUUCUAUAACAUUAGACAUAUCAAAUCAAUUGAAAAUGAUUAAUAAUCAUCAUCAUCAUCAUCAUAAUCAGUAUUCAGCAUUACAAAAUCAUGAUCAAUUCAUCACAUCUGGUGAACAAUCAAUGGAUAUGCAAUGUUGUAAUGGUGGUUGGAUUGGCUACAUUAAUGGUGAUCUAUAUGUUAAACCAGAUUCAGAUUGGUCCACACAACAAAUUAUACAGGUAGAUUCACGUUCAUUGAAAUUUAAAAAUAUUAUCACAUUAUUCGGUGAUAAUGGUGAACAACGAAAAACAUCAUCAUCAUCAUCAUCAGCAUUGGAUAUUCAAUUUAAUAAACCAACAUUAGCUGCAACAGAUGGUGAUUAUCUUAUAUUAAUUUCUGUGAUCCAAGAUGAUUAUUUCCACGUACGUGAAUUGAAACCGAUUAAAUCGGCAAAUUUUGGAUCAUCACAACAUAAUACAACAUUCAAUCUUGCAUCUGAAUUUACUGUACGUUUAUCAUCCGUUUGUUAUUCAUAUUGUGGCCAUUCUGUACAUAAUAAUCUACAGAUUCCAUAUCAAAAUUAUAAUAAAAACAACAACAACAACAAAACGGUUAAAAAAUCUUUAAAUGAACUGAUGGCACCAACAUUGAAACUGAUUGAAACGAAUAAUUAUUUUGAAUUGAAAAAUUUAUCAACACUACUAACUGGAAAAGAUUUUGCAUUACUAUUAACGAAUCAAGGAAAAGUAUUCUAUACGGGAAAUUCUCAUAGUCUCGGUAUACGUCAUCUAUAUUCAUAUGAUAAAUGGUCAUUAUUGAAUAUACCGAAACCGGUGAAAAUCACACAGAUUGCAAUCGGUCAUGAUGGUAAUCAUUCUUUAUUAUUAGCUGAUGAUGGUACCAUAUUUUUUGUUGGCAUUGCAAAACGUGGUGAAGAUGGUGAUCAAUCAACACGUAGUGUAUGUCGUUUUAAUUAUAAACCAAAUCGUAUUAAAAAAUUGGCAGCAAAAAUUGAUACGAAUCCAUCAUUCGUUGCAUGUAAUCAUGGAACAAGUGCAAUCAUUACUAAAUCUGGUGAUCUUUAUCUAUUUGGUAAAGAUUCCCAGCAUUCAAACCAGAAAGGUUUAGUGACAAAUCUACCAAAAGAUUUUAAAGUUGAAUCCAUUGUAUUGGGUAAAGCACAUAUGUUGUUGUUAUCUACAAAAGGUCAAGUUGUAACCAGUGGAUUUUCCAACAAAGGCCAAUGUGGUUUUAUCAAUAAUUUUCAACCAUCAUCAUCAUCUGCAUCAUAUCAUCAUCAUCAUCAUCAAAUGAAAUCAAUUUCAAAAUCAUUGAAUGAAGCUUGUUUGAAAACAAGUCUUGAUUCACGAUUACAAACAUUCCAUUCUGGUCAUACUUUCAUAUAUGGAAAAUCACGUCGUUGUAUACGAUGUUUUAAUUGUACUGAAAAUGGUUCAAAAUGUCCACCCUUAUUAUCAAUCGUCAAUGAUGAUGAUGUGAAUAAAGAAGAAUUCUGUAACUGUGGCUAUGGCAAUAGUGGUUGUGUUAAUUGUGGAAUAUGUUCAAUUUGUUCACAAACAUAUUCUAUUUGUCCAAAUAGUAAAACAUCAAUUAAUGAAGAUCAUUUGAUCACGAAAUCAUCACGUAGUUUAUGGAGUUCAAAAUUAAGCAAUUUGGAACUUGUUGAAUCUGAUAUUGAUUGUCAAUCCAAAAUGACUUCAAUAGCACCGACUAUACUGCCAUUUAGUUUGACCAAUACGAUCAUACAAAUUGCUGCCGGCCUUCAUCAUUCAAUUUUGUUGACCAAUAAAAAUGAAGUAUUCACAUUUGGUUCAAAUCAAUUUGGACAACUUGGUGUAGGUGAUUUACAUAAUCGAUUUCAACCUACAAAAGUUGAAUUAGAAUAUGUUUGUCAAGGAUACAUUACACAAAUUGCAGCCGGUUCAAAUCAUUCCAUAUUGCUUACAUCAUUGGGUGAAGUACUGACAUUUGGUAAUAAUCAACAAGGACAACUUGGCCGUCAAUCAUAUGAACUUUGUAAUCUGAAUACAUUUCAAUGGAAUACAUUCCCAGAUCGAAUGGCACGUAUUGGACCAGAAUUUGGAAGAAUAGCCACACAAAUAACGGCUUCAGGUGAUUUUACAUUCAUAAAAUAUGAUGAAAUUCUAUUGAGUUCAGAAAUGUUUGCCAAAACUAAAUUGAUAGCUGAAAAAAAUAAUUUAAUAUUGAUUCCACCGAAUUAUUCAUCCACUAACAUCGAUGUUGUUGAAGGUGAUUGUGAAAUUAAUCAUCAUCAACAAAAAACAUGCCGUCAUUUGUAUUGUUGUCGACAGAACCAAAAUAAUGAUAUCGAUUCAUUGAACAAUUCGACAAUGAACAAAAAUUUAUUCAAUAAUCUUAAUUCAAAUAUAUUGAUUGUAUCACGUAUGAAUGGAACUUGUUCAAUAUUGAAACAACAGCAAUCAACAUCAUAUAAAUCUGGCAUUAUCAUUGAUAACCGAUCAAUCAAUUAUAAUCAAUACUCAUCAAUGUUUGUGGAUAAAUUUUAUCAAAAUUUUUGGACUUUCAAUUCGGAAACGGAUGAAUUUUCCCGUUAUAGUUUAAUUUCAUUGGAAAUUUCAAAGAAAAUUGAAAAAAUUGUUCAAGAUCGUACGAAAACAUCUAUUAAACAUCAUCAUUGUGGAUCGUUACCAACUUCAUUGCUUAAUUUGAAUCGAAUGAAUAACAAUAAUGAUUCAUCGAAUGUACAAUGUAUGAUGAAAUAUAUGCCAUCAGUUAUACAGCCAGAUAUUUCCAUCCCAUUAUCUGAUAAUUGUUUAUUGAAAAAAACAUCUGAACAACUUGCAUUGGAAUUAUUCUCAUCACUGGUAUCAUUAACGCAUACACAUCUAAUGGGAUUGACAGUGGAUGAUAAAUUGAAUCAAAUGACAAAUUUAUGGGCUAUAAAAAAUCUAUCACCUGAAGAAUAUUAUCAAGUUUGUCGUUUCGAAGAUUAUGGUGGUGGUUGGGGUUAUCCCCAAAACAGUAUGGAAGCUAUUCGUUUUUCAACCGAUUGUGAUAUCAUACUUGGUGGUAUUGGCCUAUAUGGUGGUCGUGGUGAAUAUAAUGUACAGAUACGUGUGUUUGAUAUUGGUUUCGAUUCAAGUGAAAUUGAACGUGAUGGUGAUCUUUUGAGUGAAACAGAUAACAUACAUUAUGAAUGUUUACCACGGCAAAAAUAUCAAAUAUUUUUCGAUGAACCAUUAUUAAUACAUGCAAAUCGUUGGUAUGUUAUAUGUGCAACAAUUAAUGGCAGUAGUUCAGAUUGUGGUUCAAAUGGUCAAUCAUUCGUAUGUACAACCGAUCAGGUUAUGUUUCAUUUUAAAUCAUCAAAAUUAUCCAAUAAUGGAACGGAUGUAAAUUCUGGACAAAUACCAACAUUAUUCUAUAAACAACUUAAAACAAAUGAAUUAUCAUCAUCAUCUUAUCAAUAUGGUAGUGGAAUUGGUGCAAAUAAUCCAUUGAAUUUUCCAACAUUGAGUAUCGAUGAUGAAGGUUCACCAUUUACAGUGUCAAAAGAUUUUGUCAUUCGAAUCAAUUCAACAUGUUUGGAUUCAAUUAUUGCUAUUAUCAAACAUCUUUGGAAUCUAUUAAGACAUUCAUUGUUACAUCAAUCAAGAUUUGAUGAAAUUUUUUCAUGUUUUGAUGAUGAAAAAAUUUUGGAGAAAUUUGAUCACAUUAUUGGGCAAAUUCGUCGAAAUCUUUAUGUUGCUUGUUUUGGAUUUGAAUUAUUACGUAUCUAUGUACGGAUAUUAAUGCCUACGAAUAAUGAACAUAACGGUGGUUUUCAACGUAAAACUGGUAAUACGACUAUUAUCAAUGAUCAUUAUCUUCAGUUGCGUAAAUUUCUCCAUUAUAAUUAUGAUGAAUAUAAAAAGAUUGCACAUUCAUUAUACGAUGUUUGUACAUUAUUGAGUGAAAUUCUUCAAAAUCCUAUCGAUUUAUCGGGAUAUUUGACGAAAAAAUUUCAUCAUCAACUUGUCAUCAAUGAUAAUAAUCAUAAUAAAUAUCGUAAUAAUAUGAUUCGUGCUAAAUUAUCUACAUUGAAUAGUAUGGAAAUAUUUUUUCAUAAUGAAUGUUAUCAAACAUUUCAAUCAUGUUCACAAGAAUUUUAUCCAACUGGUCAACUUAAAUGGAGUAUAUUAUGUCAUUUGCUUGCAAUACCAUCAUCAAUCGAUCAUCAAUCAUCAUCAUCAUCGGAUAAAUCGAUCAUUAAACAUUUGCCAUUAUUUCCUGAUAAACAGCUUUAUCUAUUAUCAGCUAUAGCUAAAUCAUUUGGUACAUUAAAUUCCAACAAUCGAUUAACAUCAUUUUUUCCAAUAUUUCGUGGAUCACUAUAUGAUUCAUUUGAAAUGAAUUCUACAAUUGAUAAUCAUCAAAUGGAUUUAAUUUAUCAGAAAAUUGCUGAAAAAUUGACUUAUUUAUAUUCAUUUGAAACAAAUUAUCUUGGUAAUGAUUAUAAUUGUAAAUUUAUUUAUGAAAAAAUGCUUGAAAUUAUUGUGAAACCAUUGCGAUUAUCAAUCGAAUCAUUCAAUAAUGAAUUGAGUGAUACUAUUGCUAUUGUGAAUCAACCAUCAUCACAAUCGAUUAAUAUCGAUAAAUGUCAUAAUAAUGAUAAUUAUCAACAACUAAAUAAUUGUACAGCUGAAAUUCAUGAUUCAUCAUCAAGCUCAAGUUCAUCAUCAUCAUUAACUUCAUCACCAACAUUAUCGUCAAACAUCAAUGAUGAUGAUAAUAAUGAUGAAUGUUUGAAAAAUUUUAAUCUACUUAAUCCGGGUAUUUCGUCUACAUAUCCAAUGAAUACAUCUAUUAUCCAGAUGGAUCCAGAUUCAUUGGAUACAGCAACAACCACUACAACAACAACAACAACAACACAACAACAACGAAAUAUUUAUGAACAAAAACUGGUCAAUUCUAUUUGUGAUUUAAUGCUGAAAUUUAUUAGCGAAUUUCAUGCUUGUACAAUGGGUUUUAUCAGUAUGGAAUCAGAUAAUAAUGAACGAAAAAAUCUGUUUCAACCACAAAAUGAAUUUUCAACACCAUCAAGAUUUUGUCGAAGAUCAUCAACAAAAUGUUGGAAUACUGGUUCUGGAUCACCAGAGGCUAUUUGUUUCUCCAUAAAUAAACCAGAUAUCUACAUAUCUGGCGUAAGAGUAUAUACAUCGACCGUUGCACAAUUUAAAUAUCAGCUACAAUUGUUGGAUCAAGCAUUCGAUGAUAAUCGUAUGGAAAAUAAUUUUAAAUGGAAAAAAAUCGCCACCAUAUCCGGUGUUUAUUAUCAAGAUGAUAAUCAUUGUAAUAAUCGAUUAUUGAAUGAUUUAUGUGAAAUUCGUUUCGAACGUCCAAUACCAUUAUUGGUGAAUGUUAAAUAUGCAUUGGUUUUUAAAAAUCAUAGCCAAUAUUCAUAUAGUGGUGAUAUGGGCCUAGCACAAGUCCGUUGUGAUGAUGAUACCAUAUUUACAUUUAUGGAUUGUUCAUUAAGUAAAAAUGGAACGAAUUUAAAUCGUGGUCAAAUACCACAAAUAUUGUAUUAUAAUGUACCGCCAUCAUCAUCAUCAUUGAAAUCGACAUAUGGACAACAACAUUCAUUCAAUAAUUCAUACAUGUUCAAUGUAAAUGAAGCACAUAAAAGCGUUAUUCUAAUGUUUCUGAUGGCUAUUGAUAAUUGUAAAGAAUUACUUGGAUCAUUAAUUGAAAGUAUUGAAAAUAAAACUACCAAAGAAUCCAUCAUCGAUGGUACGCAUCAAUCAUCGACCUGUGAAUCGGAUGAUAGUGGUUCAAAUGAUGAUAAAUCUUUCAAUAAUAAUCAUAUAUCAUCAACAACAACAACAACAUUUAUUGAUUGGAAAAUUUUAACAUUGUUAAAUCAAAUAUUUGAUUCAAUAUUUUUUCGUGAAUUUCUACCAAUCACAAUGAUUUAUAUGAAAAUGUUAAAAUUUCAUCCAAGUUGUCUGCACAUAUUAGCCAUUUCGUUACGUAAUCUAAUUGAAUUGAUUUCCCGCCUGAAUCGUUUGAUACAUGAACAUUUUGAUCAUAAAAAUUUUCAAAAUCAUCAUCAUGAAUUGAAAAGAAAAUUUCCACGUGAAAAUACUCAUCAUAUAAUUGUUGAAUCCGACCAUCCUUAUAAGUCAGCCACUGUUACUAGUCAUUUGAUUCGUUUUCCACCAAAUAUAAAAUUUAUGACCAUAGAAUUUGAUCGAAAAUGUUGUACUGCACAACCAGAAGAUUAUCUUGAGAUUUACAUACCGAAAGAAUAUCUGCAAAAUUUCAACAUUAAUUUUGAUUAUAAAAAUAAUGAUGAUAAUGAUCGAUCAACAAGUUUAUUAUCACCUAUUUACCAUCGUUUUAGUUGUAAAGAUUUCAAUGAUAUGAAUGAUAAAAUUGAAAAAUCAAAAUUUUCACCAGAAAAAAUUAAAAAUGGUUCUCAUUGUUUAUUUAUACCUGGUAAUGAAAUGACAUUGAUGUUGAAAACAUCAUCCGAUUAUGUACAUUCAUCGAUUGUAGAUUCAAAUUAUGGUUUCAAAGCUGAAAUAAUUGGUUAUGAAUUACCUGGAGUAAAAUCAGUUAAUGAUUUAAUGAAUUUUGAAAAUCUCGAUCAACAUACAAUGUUUUACUAUAUUGAUCAUAUGAUACAAAUGUUUGAAUGUAAUACAAUCAAUUUAUUUGGUUCUAUCAUUGAUUCAUUGAUGAAUUGUUCACCAAUGGAAAUAAUGUUGGAAAAUUCCAUUAUAGAUAAACAUCAAGACAAGCUUAUCGUCAAGAAAUAUUCUGAAUCUGAUUUGAAACAAGCUGAACAAAUUUUCGAAGAAAAUUCCAAUUUACUUCAAAAAGGUUUCGAUAUAGAACCAUCUUUAUUGACAAAAAUCAAAACAAUCGAUGAUCUUUUCGAUAAUAUUCAACCAAAUAUUCAUCCAUUUUUAGAUGAUUUCAUUCAACUGAAUAUUGAUACAUCUGGUGCAAGAUUAGCAUUAUGGUUACAAAAUGAAGCAUUUAUUUUGCCAAAUUCUUGCCUAAUGAAUAUUAUAAUCAAUGAUAAUAAUGAAUAUUGUCAACAAUGUUAUCAAUUGUUAAUUGAAAUGAAUCCGAUGGUGAAUCUUAUGAAAAAAUUAUGUCAUCGUUGUAAUUAUGAAUUGUUUGUCAAAUCAAUAUCACAAUCACAUAUUAAUCAAUGUACUAUAAAAGUUGGUCAAAAAAUUUUAAUCAAAAUUCUUACACGUGAUCAACAUGAAGAAAUUGCUUACGAUCCGAAUGCAUGUAUUGAAAUUCAAGUUCGUUUUAUUUCAUUCAAUUCAUCAUCAUCGUCAUUAUUAAUUGAUGAUACAAUUGUAAAUCAACCAGAAUCAACUGUUUUGCCAAAUGAAUCAACAUCGUCAAUUUCACAAAUUAUUUCACAAAAUCAAUAUCAGAUUACUGUAAAAGAUAAAACAAGAUAUCAUUCAAUAACGAUGAUGAAAAUGUUUGAAAAUUAUUCAUUAGAAGAAUUAAGAAUGGAAUGUCCAGCAGAAUUGUUUCACGGGAAAAAACCCCAAGAUAAAUUGGCUUCAUCAUCCUCUAAUGAUUUAUCGACCAUAACGUUACAAUCAUUUAAUAAUGGUUAUUAUCUGGCUUGUUGGUCUCCUACAUCCAUUGGUUCAUAUCGAAUUGAAAUGAUGGUUGAUGGUGAAAAAAGUGAAAAUUCCGUCAUUAUAAAUGUGAAUAAUUGUGUUGAUGAUUCAAAAUUUUCAUAUAAAAAUAAUAAUGUUCAGCCAAUCAUUCAUCAUCACCAUAAGGAUCAUAAUCGAAUAUCGAAUAGUCAGGAUUUUAAGCUACGAGAAAAUGUCCGAAAUUAUCCAAUGAAACAUUUGAUAAGAAAAUUCAUCUGUUCAGAUAGUGCUGGACUUCGUAUCCGUUCAUUACCAUCAUUACAAUCGGAACAGAUUGGUAUUAUAUCGAUAAAUGGUCUAUUAACAAUUAUUGAUCAAUUAGAAAAUGAUGAUGGCAUUUGGGUUCGAUUAUCAAAUGAAAGUAUACAAGCAUAUUCAACUUCGAAUACAAUAUCAAUUUGUGAUGGUAAUACAGCAACUAAUAAUAAUGCUAUCGCCAUUGUUGGUGGUCAAUUACUUUGCAAAAAUCAAUUAUCGAAUAAUAAUAAUCCAAAAGAUUUCUAUAUGAUUGAUAAUUUUCAAGAAUCAAAAAAUGCUGACGACAAUAAUACAAUGGUAAUGUCAUCAAUAACAAAUAAUAAACAGCAACAACAACAACAAUUUAUUGAUAAUAAUAUGAAACAUUCAUCAGCAACAACAUUUACAAUGCGUACAGAAGCAUGGGCAUUACAAUUUAAUAAACAUUUUAAUCGUACAUUAUUGAUGGCUAUCGAUUCCGAAGAUAAAUUGAAUAAUGAUGAUAUUGAUGUUGAUGAUGGUGGUAGAAACAAAUCUAGAUAUCUAUCAAUUGAAUCAUUAAUUGUACCUGGCUGGUUUCAGGUGAUAAUGUGUGAUAAUAAUGAUGAUGGCCAUAUAAUUCGAAAUUGGCCAUCAUUAGAUGAUAUAUCAAUUAUUAUUGGCAUUAUACCAUUGAAUGAUAUUGUUUAUGCUGUUGAAAUUGUCCAAAAUGAAUUUGGUUACUGGAUACGUUUAUCACAAGAUUCAUUACAAUUAUAUAUGAAUACAUUAUAUCGAUCAUCAUCGGUAUUUGAUAAUAAUUUAGAAGCAUGGUUAUUAUUACAAAGUAUCGAUGGUUUAAUUUAUCUACAAAAUAAUAUUCAACAAAAUUAUCUAACUUCGACCAUCAUGAUUGAUGAACAGAAAGAUUGUAAAAAUGGUGGACAAAAUCAAUGUCAUCAUCAUUAUAGUAAUAAUAAUAAUAAAUAUAAUAAUGAUUCUACGUGUGAUUUACCAAUAAGAAUGGCCAUUUCAAAUCGUUCUGCUCAAUGUAUACGAGCCAUAUUUGCUGCAUUCAUAUGGCAUGAAGGAAUUCUUAAUGAUUUUCUAACGGCUGCUUCGUAUCUAAAAUUUAAUGCUGAUAUUACUAAAGAUUUUAUACGACAAUCAAAUCAAAUUGAUUUGACCAAAGACAAUUCACAACAUCAACAACAACAACAACAACAACCACAAAAUAAUGCAAAGACCAAAAUUAGACGUACCACUGAUCGUGGAUUAAGGGAAAAAAAUGUUGAUCGUCGCCAUCAAAAGAUAAUAUUUCGUCAUUCAGUUGAAGUUAGUCAAUUGAUUAGCCUAUAUCGUACAUCGGAUGUAAAUUCGAAUGUAAAUUUUCUUGAAAAUAAUAAUAAUAUUCAAAAUUCGGUUGAUAAUAAUGAAAAUCAUCACCGAAAUGAUGAUAAUAACAUGAUUAUAGAUGUUAAUGACCAAACACCAACAGUUGAUGAUGAUGAUGACGAUGAUGAACAAACAGGAACCAUACCAGAAAUUCUAAUUAAUCUUUUACAAAUCUGGGAAUUUGUAUCCACCGAAUGUUUGCGGCAAAUUUCAUCCAUAAGAAAUCAUAAAAAUUUGGUUGUGACAUCGAAAUUGACAGAAUUAAAAUUAUUGGUAAAUAAUGAUGAAAAACCCGAUGAAGAUAAAUAUUCGAAGCAACAAUUAUACAAUAGACAAAGUGAUGAUCUAUUAAUCACUACCCAAACGCACAAACAACAAUGUGAAUGUGAUGAAACAACCAGUAUGGAUUUGAAUAAAAAUUCUCAAAAUGAUAUGAAACAAGAUACUGUUAUAUGGGCCAAACAAACGACCGAUAAUCUUUAUCAAUCAUUAAUGGCCAAUGUCGAUUUUCUACUAUCGUUAACGCCAUCUAAUGAUGAAAACACAUCGGCUACAGCGAUGGGUAUGGAUAAAAUUCCAUUAGCAACGGAAAUUUUAAAUCGAAAUUUAUUCGAUCAAUUUACCGUAAUCACCAAUACUAUUUUACCCAUUCAUCUAUUAAAUGAUCGCAGUAUACGAAAAUCUAUUUAUGAACAACGAUUAGCCGAAGAGAAUCGAUUAUCGGAUUUAGCAAUAAUUUGUGAUGAUGAUGAUGAUCAUCAACAUUUGCUAUCGCCAGAUAUUUGUAGUUUUGAUAAUUUUGGCAAUAAUGAAUCAAUUCAUUCUCAUCAUCAACCAGCUCAAAUGAAAAAGAAAAAACCGAUAAAAUUUUAUCGUUCAAUAUCUGUUGGUAUGAAUGAUCAACAUGGUCAAAAUUAUGGUCUGAAUAAAUGUCAUUUAGUUGUAAAACCAGCUGAUUAUGAUCAAACGAAUUCAUCAUCAUCCUCAGAUUUGGUGGCAAAAAAAUCAAUUAAAAGUAAUGAAACAUUAUGUUUGGAUUCAAAACAACAAAAGAUCAAUAUGCCAUUCUUAUGUAAACCAUCGUCAAAAUUAAUUGAUUUGAUUGCUAAAUUUCAACCAAAAAUGGAAAGUGAAUCACAACAACAACAAUUAAUUUGUUCAGAUGUCAUAAAAUUCAUAUUCACUUGCAGCAAUAUUGAUUCAUAUAAUUUAUUAGUGAAAUAUUCGUUGUGUUCAUCAGCAUAUCGUUCAUUAGCACUUGCCAUAAUUAAUUGGCUAUUGAUUAAUGCAUCAAAUUUACAUUCAAUUCAUGAUCUUAUGUGGAUUUUUGUUAAUUCUUUAUUGCCCAAAGAUGAUUCUGAAACAUUUCCGGAUAAUAAUAAUGAUGAUGUGGCCAACAACAUUGAUAAGAAUGGAAAAUGUAAAUCAUUGAAAUCCUAUGGAAAUCAUGAUGAUGUUUGUCGUCAUCCAUUCGAUAAUCUGAAAAUGGCUGGUGAAUUGGCCAAUCAUUGGAUCAGUGAAUCAUUACAUCGAUUGAUGAGAUCAAUUUCUAAUCUAUUGCCAUUAUUACCAAUGGGAUCACCAUUACAACGUAUGGCUAUAAGAUGUUUUGGUAUGGAAUUUACAUCCAAUGAUCAUAAUUUCUUACAUGAAUGUAAAGUUUUCUCACAUAUAUCAACAAUACUAACACGUUCAUCAAUAGAAAUGGAUAAUAAUAAUUUUAUUCAUUGCCAUACUGAUUUAUCAAAAAUGAAUGUUUCCACUUGGCCAAAAGAUGAAAAUGAAUUGGCCGUAAUGAUAACGAAAGAUUUAACCCAUUUGUUUGAUUUACGUACAUCAAGCCGACAUACAAUGAUAUCUAGUCUUAAUGAUAAUUCUACUGAAACAUUCUGGGAAAGUGGCAAUGAAGAUCGUAAUAAAAUUAAAUUCAUUCAUAUUCAGAGAAAUGCUGAUUAUGCAAAACAAAUUCAAAAUGAUAAUAAUGCAAAUCUACGAUUCAUUUGUAUUUAUGUGGAUAAUACACGUGAUUUAGAAUAUCGUAUUAGUCAUAUUUCGUGGAAAAUAUGUGGUGAUAAUAAAAUUGCUGAUUCUGCAAUAAUGUUACGAAAUAAUUGUCCUGAAUCGAACAAUUUCCUUAAUGCCACAAUUAAUGAAUAUGAAAAACUUAAAACAAUUGAAGUAGAUUCAAAAUUUUGUGGUUGGCUUCAAUGUGAAUUAAGUGCGGAACAAAGUUAUGAUCUAUUCAAUGCUAAUGAUGAUCGUUAUAUUCUAAUCGAAAUGAAUGGACCAUUUCCUUGUUUACGUGUACGGCAAAUAAAAAUGUUGGCCACCAUUGACACUAAUGAUUCACUCAACCAGCUACCAGAAUCCAAUCGUUUUAUGAUUUUGAAUUCUAGACAGGUUCAAACCACAUAUUGUGAAUUGGAAACAUUGCGUGUAUUUCGUUUACUCACUUCACAGGUUUUUGGAAAAUUACUAUCAAAUGACCAAUCAUUCAAUAAUAAUGAGAAUAAUAACAACAACAAUGACAAAACAAAACGUACAUCAUUAUAUUCGAAUAAUGAAAAUAAUUUACGUGAACAUAUGGUUGGAAUAUUAUUUUCACAAUCAGGAAAACUAUCUGAAUUACAACGACAAGUUUGUACCCAUAUUGUAAAGGAAAUACAUUAUGAAUCACGUCGUGUAUUCGAUGAAUGGGAAACUAUGUUGUUAUUAUUAUCAUCAAACAAUAAUAAUAAUAAUAAUAAUAAUAAUGAAAAUCAAGCAAAAAAUUAUGAUGAAACUAAUGAAAUUAUAAUUCCAAAUGAUUGUUAUUGUUUUGAAUUAUUAUCAUUGGUAUUGGCAUUAAGUGGAUCAAAUGUUGGUCGUGAAUAUUUAUCUGAACAAUUGGAAUUAUUGAAUGAUAUACUUACAUUAUUGCAUACGAGUUCAGAUCGUGUAAAACGUCAAGUUUUAUCAUUAAUACGACGUGUUAUUCCACGCAUCAAGCCAGAAAUAUUUGCAAAAUUAUUAGACGGUGAUGGUGUACCUACGAAUAAUGAUAAUAAUUAUUGUUCAUUCACUGGAAUUCUGGAUAUAUUUUUAACUUGUAUCGCAAAAUCUUUAACCAUACAGAUAAAGAUUAAAGGCAAUAGAUCAUCAUCAUCAUCAUCAUCAUCACGUUAUGAGCAAUCAAUUUAUCGAAUGAAUACCAUUUAUAUUGAUUGUAAUUAUGAUGGUAGACAGCAGCAACAACAGAAACGAUGGUUAAAAGGAAAUCAAAGUAAACAAAUCGGACAAUCAAUUAUUGGACUAAUCAAAGAUAUGUGUACAGGAUUAUUUGGCCAAGAAUGGUGUGAAAUUGCACGAUAUUGUUUGGUGGAAAAUAUUUUAAAAUUAACCGAAUUGGAUGAAAAUAUUCGAAAUUCAGAUAAAUGUAUUGAAUCAUCUCUACUAUGGAUGGCAUUAGCAUCAUUGUGUGUUAUUGAUGAAAAAGAUGUUGAAAAAUUAUCAACAAAUAAUCUAUAUAAUAAACAUAAUCAUCAUAAUGACGAUAAAACAAAUGGAAAUUCUUCUUCACAACAUUACUGUGAUAAUCAUGAUGAUGGUGAAACAAUUGCUUCCAUUCAAUGUAACAUCUGUGGUCAUCUUUGCAUCGAUUGUGAUCGAUUUUUACAUUUGAAUACGGCGAAAACACGAACCCAUAAACGUCAUAUGUUUAAAGAUGAUUGCGAUUCAUUAAAAGUAGAUAUUCAUGAAGGAUGUGGACGUGUUAAAUUUUUUCGUUCUUUAAUCGUAGCUGAUUUAAAAUUAUUGAAAAUUAUGAUUGAAUUUCGACAAAAUAAUUAUCGAUCCGAACAUGGUGAUAAUCAAACAUUGGAUAAUAAUAGUAUGCUUAUGCAAAAUAAUAAUAAUCAACAAAGAAUUUGUCGAUUCUGUAGUAUUGAAUAUCAACCGAUUGAUGAUGAAAUUAUUUGCAAGAAUGAAGAUUGUCAACGUCAUGUUUUACAAGCAUGUACGCGUACAUUGAAUUGUGGUCAUUUUUGUUGUGGUAUACGUGAUGAAUCACCUUGUUUGCCUUGUCUAAAUGGAUGUACAAGCGAUCUAAAACAAGAUGGUGAUGAUAUGUGUAUGAUUUGUUUUUCUGAAUCACUAUUUUCUGCACCUUGCAUACAACUUGUUUGUUAUCAUAUAUUUCAUUAUGAUUGUGUCAAAACUGUAUUGGAAAAACGAUGGUCUGGUGGCCGUAUAACAUUUACAUUUUCACUUUGUCCAAUAUGUAAAAUUCCGAUUGAUCAUCAAUCAUUAUCUGAAUUAUUGGAACCGAUACAUAAACUUUAUGAAGAUGUCCGUAGAAAAUCAUUGAUGAGAUUGGAAUUUGAAGGUCUUAAACAGUGUGAAGCAAUCACAGCACCCAAUGCUCGUUUCUAUCAAGAUCCAACUGGUUUUGCUAUGGAAAGAUAUUCUUAUUAUCUUUGUUUCAAAUGCCAAAAAGCCUAUUAUGGUGGUGAAGCACGAUGUGAUAUCGAAUAUGAUGGAAAUAAUUAUAAUCCACAAGAAUUGAUUUGUGGCAGCUGUUCAGAUGUAACACAGGCACAAAUUUGCCCUAAACAUGGUACAGAUUUCUUGGAAUAUAAAUGUCGUUUCUGUUGUUCAGUGGCCGUUUAUUUUUGUUUUGGUUCCACACAUUUUUGCAAUGCUUGUCAUGAUGAUUUUCAACGAUUGAUCUCUCUGAAAGAAUAUCCACAAUGUCCAGUUGGACCACAUUCAAUACCAAUAGAUGAUUGUGAUGAAUGUCCAUUACAUGUACAGCAUCCACCAACUGGGCAAGAAUUUGCACUUGGCUGUGGAAUUUGUCGCAAUACUCAUACAUUCUAGUCAUUCUCUAGUCAACAACCUGGUCGAAUUGAAUAGAUGAAAACUAUUUGCCUUUGAUAUGAUCGAAACAAUUUGUGACUAUGUUGUUCAAUUAAUAACGUGCCAACAAAUGGUGAAAUUUUUGAUAUUUUAACACUCGAUUGUUUUCAAAACAAUAUAAAA